AUGGUCGGGCCUCUCAGGAAGGCGCCUGGCAGUUUCACUCACCUACUCAUCGUGGUGGACAAGUUCACCAAGUGGAUUGAGGCAAAACCCAUCACCAAAACCAAUUCCCAAGAGGCCAUCAAGUUCUUCCUGGACAUCGUCUACCAAUUUGGUGUGCCAAACACCAUCAUCACAGACAACGGGACCAACUUCACAUGCAAGAAUUUCUUGGAGUUUGCCAACGGAUACGGGAUCAGGAUCGACUGGGCAUCGGUCGGACAUCCUCGCACCAAUAGGCAAGUAGAGAGGGCGAACGGCAUGGUCCUCCAAGGACUUAAGCCUCGCAUCUUCGACCAGCUCAAAAAGUUUGCUGGGCGCUGGGUCGAGGAACUCCCGGCUAUCCUCUGGAGCCUGGGGACAACUCCUAAUCGAUCCACUGGCUUCACCCCUUUUUUCUAA